GUGAUUCUCGACUAUGAUAACGAAUACCGUGUAAGUAUCAUAAUAUUAAAAUGAUUUUGAUAAUUACGAAAUAUCUUACGGACAAUUUAAGGAAAAUCUACCAGAGCGGAAGUGAAUUUUGGACUGACAGCUAAUUAGUUCCAUGGAGUCAUUAUACACAAACACAAACAAGCUUAUCCAAGAAGUGCAGGGAGAUUUAGGGAAACUAGCCAAGAAUACCGACAAAGAUGGAAUUCACUUGUUUGAGAAUGAAAUUCAAGCCAAGAUUGACAUCAUAGUCAGCAACUGUGAGCGACUUACGAUUCUAGUCAACAAGGAACAACCUACCAGGAGGGCAAGUGCCAAAUUACGAGUUGAUCAGCUGAAAUAUGAUUGUCAACAUAUCCAGGCCGGGCUCAGACAGCUGCAACAAAAAAGAUAUAUGCUGGAGAAGCAGGAACAAGACCGUGAGGAACUAAUGUCAAGAACAUUUGCCGCCAAUGACCAAGACACAGCCAUCCAAAUAGACCAUGCUGUACAGCAUCAUGACAGAAUGGCAUUCUCCAACAGAGAGGUGGACAACAUGAUUUUGUCAGGGCACAGUGUUCUUGAGAACUUGAAGUCCCAGCGCUUAACACUUAAAGGGGCACAAAGAAAAAUACUAGAUUUAGCCAACACCCUGGGAUUGUCAAAUACAGUUAUGAGACUCAUUGAAAGGAGAACUUACCAAGAUAAAUUCAUUUUGUAUGGAGGAAUGAUUGUGACGUUAAUUAUCAUGUUUCUCCUAUGGAAAUAUUUUUCAUAAAUAAAAAUUUUUUAGUCAGUGUUA